AUGUCAGAAGAACGGGAUCACGAGGGGGUGCUCUCCAUCAGCGAACUCGAUGCGUCUUUGGAUGCCUACUGGGCUAGCCAUGGCAGACCAAUCCUUUUGAUGGGUAACGGUAGCUCAGACGAUGUUCUUGCUGGAUGUCGAUUGCCUUUUCAGUCUAUCAACGGGCUUAAUAGCCAUCUACUCCCAAAUCUCUAUCCUAUCUAUCCUGUCCGAGGGCAUGACGUUUCUGAUCUGAGAUGCAACGUCUUCACCCACCGAGACGAACUCAUAUCUGCGCCUAGUCGUCGUCAAUCUCCCAUCCUGUUCGAAAACCGCCAUAUACACGAGGCUCCGUCGCCCUCUAUCACCGACUUCGACCUCCCUCCCUCAGCCAAUGGAACACCAACUCCACAACCUUCAACUGCCCGCCCAAGCCGCACAAGCACACCGGAAGUUUUCGUAACCUUCUCCGAUGUAGCGGCCCACACAGCAAAAUGUGACGAAGGCAACGAGCGAAACAGAGACGGUAUGUCCCGCUGCAACACCUGCGGCUGGCAGAUCUGCCGCGCGUGCGUCAACCGGCGCGCAGGGGACCGGGGUCAUUCUUCAUUUGGGAGUAUGCACAUUGAGGAACCUUCCAGGAGGUGUCGUGCGGGUUCGACUCCUCGCCAGGGGACUUUGGGAUCUGGAUCUCUUCAGCAUACGAGUGCUGAAGCUCGCGCUGCAGAGACGUUGGUCAAGCUUGGUUCUGCUUCCGCUCCAGCUUAUGGAGCACGGGCACGUUCUGGGAAUGUCGAUUCUGAUGGUAGGCUUGGAGCUCUGCCUUUCCGUGGACGCGAACGUUCUCGCGAUGAGGCUGAUGUUUCCUGGAGUGAUUCUGAGGUUACUUUGUCGCCUGGUACCGAGAGGGUCUCGGUACCGCGGCGCGUGGAUGAGCCUGAGGUUCCCAUUGGGGAGGAUGGGCUGCCUUUGCAGUAUCAGAUUGCUCGGCGGAAUCCGGAGCGUCGUGCUCGUCCUUCCUCGCGGAUGGCGGAGUGA